CCCGGGAGCUGCUCCGCACCUGCCGCCUGGUGUGCUCGCAGUGGCGCUACGUGGUGGACCUGAACACGCUGUGGAAGCGCAAGUGCCAGCGCGAUGGGUUUUAUCGUCAGAGCUAUGACAGGAGCAUCUCGGACUGGAAGAUCUUCUAUAUGCUCUGCCACAUGAAGAAAAACUUACUCAAAAACCCUCGUGCUGAAGAGAACUUCAAGCACUGGACAAUUGAUGCCAAUGAAGGAGAUAAGUGGAAAAUUGAGGAUCUGCCUGGAGCUCAUGGAAGUCAUAUGUCAGACCCCAGAGUACAAAAAUACUUUGUCACUUCAUAUGGGCCAUGCUUCAAGUCUCAAAUCAUUACCCUGGAUAAAGAAGGCUACUGGAAUCAGCUGAUGGAUGAGAUACGGCCUGAAAUUACAGUCAAGGACUGGUACGCUGCCAGGUUUGACUGCGGGUGCCGCUACGAGCUCACCGUGAGGCUGCUCUCCAACGACUGGAUCUGCCUGCAGGAAUUCCAUCCUGAGCCAGUGGUCAUUGAGCAGUGGAGCGAUGCCCAGUGGAGAGAGAUUUCUCACACCUUCCAGAAUUACCCAGCAGGAGUUCGUCACAUCUGGUUCCAGCACGGAGGCCAGGACACCCAGUACUGGGCAGGCUGGUAUGGGGUGCGUGUGACAAACAGCAGCAUCACCAUUGGGCCCCCCAGCUCACUGUGAGCCACUCUGGAAGGGUUUGCUUUUACCUCAGGACUGGAACCAAGUGGCCUCAGGUGCACUGUCUGCCUGUUCUGUCUGGGUGUGUCCUAGCUUUGUCUUGCAGCUCAUAUUCACAGUAGAAUUCAGCAGGCCCAGCCUUUUGGGAGGGUGUUCUGUCUUCAUCUUCCAUUCUCUUCUACCAUGGAUGCUACUCCAGUUACUGGUGUCCUUCCAGAGAAAAACUGGGACAAUUAAAUAUGGGAUCUAUCUUUUCUAGUUAAUACAUUAUUAUGCUAACACACAGAGACUUAAAGACACUUUCAUGUUUAUGGAAUAUAGGAAAGAUAAGGCUAAAAUGCUUAAUUUCAGAUUAUAAAUGGUAUCUACAAGGACUCUGCCACAGCUUGUCAUGUAUGGUAUUUUCUUUCCUGUUUCAGUGUUAAGAUUUAUGAUCUGCAUCAGACCUUUCAUAGCAUCAGGAAACUGUCACCCCUUGUCCCUAAGUGCUGUGUCACUGGUAGUGAAUUCCUUACCCUUUCUCUAAGUGUGUAUGAUCAAAAUGAUGCAAAACAGUCCCUUGGUGUUUGAAUAAACAGGUAGAGAAAGAGGA